AUGUCAUCUCCAUGGCCAUAUCAAUUCCUUUCGCUGUCUGAAGAGGACAUAGUGAAUCGCCGGGUGCUGCUAGAUCUUCGGGGUCAGUAUGCACAAUGGUCGGUCAUCUUCGCUAUCCUCGCAGUCAAGAUUCUGAGAGCAGCCCUGACUGCAAUAAAUCAACAAAAUCAACAAAAGCGAUCUUUGAGUCGCUGGGAUCGUCCGCUUGUGGCUGGAUGGUUCGAAACCCGACGACAGUAUCUGGUCUGCGGGCUCUGGCUAUCGUGGCUCGUUGCUCUUUCAGUGUGGAGUAGUGGUGAGGACUAUCUGCAUUUGACAAAAGCAUUAGGCCAUGUCGGUUUGUCUCAACUACCGCUGCAAGUCCUGAUGUCUCCAAUGGCAUAUAUCUCGUCAAAGCCAGCAACUCCAUCCGUUCUCUCUGUCAUAACGGGCGUCUCUCAGUCAACUUUGACGCCUUAUCACCGGCUCUUCGGCCGGGUAGUCAUUUCGCCCCUUUUGCUGGCCCACGCCGUGCUUUAUCUGCUGUUCUUCGUGCAAUCGAGUCAUCCAGAGUUUGGUACCCUGCUUAUGAAGCGGGUACAAGACUUGGAUGUCCAAUGUGGCAUUGUUGCUAUCAUCUCGGUGGUUCUUCUCUUCCUCUUUGCAAGACCUCGUGGCACUGCGCAGAGCGGACUCCAGUCUUGGUUGAUACAGGGCUCACUGCAAGAGCGCAGACGCAUGUUUUAUUUUGGUCAUGUAUCACUGGUGAUAUUGCUGAGUGCCGUAGCUUAUAUUCAUGUGAAACAGGCGCAGAGGUACAUUCUGCAGGCUCUGGGCGCUUCCGUGCUCAAUGGGCUUUGUUCCUGGGUUCUUUUAAGAUAUGCCGAAGUUUAA